AUGCAGGAUUUUCUUGCCGUGCCGCAGAAGAUGACCCUGAGAAAAGACGAGCAGAGAAAUGAGCCUGGUUGUCACACCCAGCCAAGGGCGAGAACACAAAUUGGCUAUUUACGCUUGUACGGAACAGCUGCUGAACAGAGGCAGAUCCCUUUAGACUGGCAUGGCUUGGAGGUGGGCGACAGCUUGCCUCGCGGCGCAUCCUCCUCCUCCUCACCCAGGGAGGGGAAGAUGAGUUCCGUGGCUUGCACCGCCUUCCACGGGCUUUGUCCAGAAGGGACACCAAGCGAUGUGAUCCUCAGCGUGGACGGCGUUGAAUUCAACGCGCACAAGAUGGUCCUCUCUAACUGCAGUGCGUACUUCGGGGCUUUGUUCUCCAGCAACUGCAGCAGUGCCGACAGCAACGUCUAUCAAAUCCACGGCGCUUCCCCUGAAACGAUGGGGCUCCUCAUCGAGUAUGCCUACACCGGCACAGUGCCCCUCACGGAGGACAACGUUGAAAGUUUGCUCGUGGCAGCAGACCGGUUCAACGUCCUGGGCGUCGUCAGCCUCUGCUGCCACUUCUUAAAAGCCCAGCUGUGCUCAGAAAACUGCAUCGGCAUCUGGAGAUUCACCCACUACUGCUGCUGUGCUGACCUGCGAGAAGCAGCCCACGAGUUCAUCCUGCGUCACUUGGAGGAGGUGACCAGGGUGUCCGCAGAGUUUCUGGAGCUCUCCUUCAAUGACCUGCAACGCCUGCUGGAGAAGGGGGAGCUCCCUGUGAGAGAAGAGGCCAUGCUGGAGGCUGUUCUCACCUGGGCUGCUCAUGACCUGCCCAACAGGAGGCAGCACAUUGUCUUCUUGCUGAGCAAGGAAGGCUGGAGGAGUGGACAGAAGGGAUUUUUCUUCUUAAAGUAA